CGCACUUUCAGCAUAAAAAAAAGAAAAAAAAAACAUUCUUAUAACUACCGCUUUCAAAAAAAAAAUUGAAAACUACACCGAAAUCUAAUGCUGAACACAGUAAAGAAUAUCGACAACGGCAGAAGGAUGGUACUGAAGAAUAUCGACAAUGGAAAAAGGAUGCUACAUCAAGUACCGCCGAAAAACAAACGAAUGCUGAACGCUCUAAGCAAUAUCGACAACGGCAAAAAGAUGCUAGUACCACUGAAAGAUCAAAACGCAAUGCUGAACGCUGCAGAGAAUAUCGACAACAUAAAAUACGUGAAAGUCAAUCGAGCAUUACCACCGAAACAUCACAACGGUUGUUACCACAAACCAAUUGUUUCUUUUAUUGAAUUAAAAAAUGAAGAUACAUGUGAUUCUACCAUAGAUAAAUAAAG